AUGAACCCGGGCGAUAUCUUCCACGACCCGUCGCGGAGGUCCUACGACCCAUACGACCCAAAUCAACCUCCUCCUCAAAGUCCACCUCGACAUGCCGGGCAGCCUUUCCCGGCGGCACCCUACCUCCCCAGCACGACGCCGAACCCAUACGACAACCUGCAUCCGCAGCAGCCUCCUCAACAGAUGCACCACUCCAACUCGCAGCCUUUCGGACAAGCGCCGUACUCGGAUCCGCUGCAGGCGCCGGGCGGACAGGGGUACGGCGAUCCGUUCCGGGACAACGGUACAUCGGAGCAGCAGUGGGCGCAGCCUCCAGGAAGCCAUCACUACCCUUCCUACCCACUCAUGCCCAACUCCAACUCGGCGGCACCUCUACAGCACCCCUCUACCUCCCUCUCGCCUUCCCGCCCGCACAUUGCCCUCGAGCCCGCACGGACCCGCUUCGACUCCAACCCUGCCUUCAUCCCCCACUCGGGCUCCUUCAACAAUGGCGUCAACAUGCCUGAUCAUCGACUGAGCUCUCCUCCGCCGAUGCUGCAGCACACCUCCUCGGAUAUGCUGUACCCACCAAACCAAGGCGGUCCAUACGGAAUGCAACAUUCCAGCUCCUUUGGCAGCAACCUGGCGGGCGGGCAGGAUGAUGGAGAUCUGAAUGACUCGGCGCCGCUGCUGAAUCAUGCGCAGCCGGCUUUCGGGCCAGGCUCGGCGUCGGGAAGGGGGUUCCAACUGCGAGAUGAUGGGGAUAUGGGAUCAAGAGGCGGGGCAUUGGGCGCGGACGAGGAGGAUGUGAAUGUGCAUUAUGGGCCGGUACCGACUAGAGUGGUCAGGCGGAACAAGACGCAGAAGCGGGUCAAGCUGUUCCAAGGGCACUUUGUCGUUGAUAACGAAGUCCCCAGCAUUCUGCUCAACCAGUGCGCGAUACGGGAGGGCAACGAAUUUACCCGUAUGCGUUACACCGCAGUCACCUGCGAUCCUAACGAUUUCAUGGCCGACCAAUACACCCUCCGUCAGCGGCUAUAUGAUCCUCCACGCCAGACCGAGCUCUUCAUCGUCAUUACGAUGUACAACGAAGACGACGAGCUGUUCUGCCGGACAAUGCGAGGUGUCAUGCAGAAUGUGGCGCAUCUUUGCGGAAGGGGCAAGAGUAAGACGUGGGGUAAAGAUGGGUGGAAGAAGGUCGUCAUCUGCGUGGUCGCCGAUGGAAGACAAAAGAUCAACCCUCGGACGAGGUCGGUAUUGGCUGCUCUGGGGGUGUAUCAGGAUGGGGUGGGGAAGAAUGUCAUCAACGGAAAGCCGGUGCACGCCCAUCUCUACGAAUACACAACACAAUUGUGGAUCAGUAAAGAUAACAAGAUCCGCGGCAACGAGCCCCAGGCUGUACCCGUUCAAAUGAUCUUCUGUAUGAAGGAAAAGAAUCAGAAAAAGAUCAACAGUCAUCGUUGGUUCUUCAAUGCAUUUGGUGCAUGUCUGCGACCGAACGUCUGUGUACUUCUAGACGUCGGUACUCAGCCCGGUCCAGACUCCAUCUACCAUCUCUGGAAAGCGUUCGACAUCAACUCGUCAGUCGGCGGAGCAUGCGGCGAGAUUGUCGCCCUCAAGGGGAUGUUCUGGCGGAACCUCAUCAACCCGCUCGUCGCUGCCCAGAACUUUGAGUAUAAGAUGAGCAAUAUCUUGGACAAGCCGCUCGAGAGUAUCUUUGGGUAUAUCACUGUACUGCCCGGUGCUUUCUCGGCGUAUCGUUACAUCGCUCUGCAGAACGAUGAGAAGGGAAAUGGUCCGCUCAAGCAGUACUUUAUCGGCGAGAGCAUGCACGGCUCCGAGGCGGGCAUCUUCGCCGCCAACAUGUACCUAGCCGAAGAUCGUAUUCUGUGCUGGGAGCUGGUCAGUAAGCGCGCCUGCAAAUGGACACUGCACUACGUCAAGUCGGCAUACGGGAUCACGGAUGUGCCAGAUGCUGUGCCCGAACUAGUGUCUCAGCGGAGAAGAUGGCUGAAUGGGUCCUUCUUCGCGGCCAUCCACUCGGUCGUCCACUUUGGCUACCUCUACCGGUCGUCUCAUUCCUUCACCCGUAAAUUCUUCUUGCACAUCGAAUUCCUGUAUCAGGUCCUCAACCUUGUCUUUUCUUGGUUCGCUCUUGGCAACUUCUACAUCGCCUUUGUCGUACUCACCUCUUCGUUGAACGUCACUUGGGUCGGAUACAAGUACAUCAAUAUCCCGCUUCAAUUCGCUUACAUCGGCUUGUUGCUAUUAUGUUUCUUACUGUCCUUGGGGAACCGGCCUGCUGGGUCAAAAGUUGGGUACACAAUAUCGAUGAUUGGUUUUGCGGUCUUGACCGUUUACAUGCUCUUCGCAGCGAUCUACCUUGCUGUCAGGGGGAUCCAGAGUAUAGAGCAGUCCGGGCCGAUCACCGCCAGUACCUUCUUCGGGGACGCCAUCUUCCGCAACAUCGUCGUCUCGCUCAUUGCGACAUACGGAAUCUACAUCUUGGCUAGCUUGUUUGCGCUGGAUCCGUGGCAUAUGCUCACCAGUUUCUUGCAGUACAUCCUACUGGCGCCUUCGUAUAUCAACGUGAUGAACGUGUACGCGUUCUGCAACGUCCACGAUGUGUCAUGGGGAACCAAAGGGUCCGACAAAGUCAGCGAAGACCUCGGAGUCGUCAAAUCCGACGCAAACAACAAGAAUGAAGUGACGGUCGACCUGCCCGUCUUGCAGCAGGAUAUCAACGCCAUCUACUCGGCCGAAUUGCAGACAUUGCAGCAGAAGGCUCCGAAGGAGGUUACGAACAUCAGCGCGGAUCAGAAACAGGAAGAUUACUACAAGAACUUCAGGACGAAUGUGUUGUUGGCUUGGACUAUGUCGAAUGGUGCUUUGGCGGCUGUGAUCUUGCAAACGUCGGGAGGGUCAGACGCGAUCGCCACGACUUAUAUGGGUAUCUUGCUGUAUACCGUGGCUGGACUCGCAUUGUUCCGGUGGUUUGGCGCGACAGCAUACUUGGUCGUACGGAUGUUCACGGGUGAAUAG